UGGGUGGCGUUGUUGCAUGUAGGCAUGGAGAGGCGCAAAGCGACUCUGCCGCUCCUGUUUCUAAUGUGAUGACAGCUGAUUGUACCGAGACAGAGCCAGGACCACCGUGUCACUUUCUACUGUCAACAUGUUAUCUUGACCUUCACGCUAAAAAGGAAGCAUUUAUCUCCGGGAAUAAUGUCUCAGACAGCACUGAUCCAGAGCUGUGGGAAGUGUAGCCGCUGAAAAAAGUUGAGUCGCGAGGAAAAGCAACUCCGCCACCACAUCACCAGGCUGAAGAAGUUGGAUAUCUUGUCUGACUGGCCCGAUCCCACAUUUUCCACAGGACGUGCACACACUUUAUAGGUUAUGAGUAAUGGAAGCAGGAUCGGUGGUGCGUGCUGUGUUUGAGUUUCUCCCCAGCGUCUCUGAGGAGCUGCCACUCUUCACCGGUGAUGUCAUCGAGGUGCUCAGUGUCGUGGACGAGUUCUGGUUGCUUGGUAACAAAGAUGGCGUCACAGGUCAGUUUCCCAGCACCUUUGUGGAAGAGAUUACCAUCCCGAGCACCAAGCCUGGAGACAGACUGUACGUGUGCAUCAAUGAUUUCAGCUCAGCAGAGGCCAGGAACCUGUCCCUGAAGAGAGGCGAUGUGGUGGUUGGAGAGGCAGGGGGGUCCAUGGACCUCGGGGAAACCUGGCAGCGUGGUUGUAAUGCCUGGGGUGCCCGCGGCCUCUUCCCCACGUCAUGUGUGAAAGAGCUGACUCUCUCGGGCCGAUCCAGGCAGCUCUCUGAACGCUCAGCUCAAGCCCAGGCUUCAGAGCUCCCGCCGUAUGCCCUGGGCCAGGCCCGGGCCCUCAUGAGCCUCCAUGCGCAGCUCAAUGAGGAGCUGGACUUCCGCGAGGGGGACUUGAUCAUCAUCACCGGCCUGCCGGAGCCGGGCUGGUUCCAGGGGGAGCUGGAUGGCCGCAGGGGCAUCUUCCCAGAGGGGUUUGUGGAGCUCCAGGGAUCCCUCCGAUCCCCUCAGGAGCCUGUGGACUGCCAGUAUUUGAACAAUGAUUCUGAACAAUUUGGCUACGAGGACCCUUACGAUGCAGGAGAGGGGACAGAGGAGGAGGGUGUGGAAGAAGGAGAAGUUUUUCACAGAGAGGAAGAGGAGCAGAAGGAAGCAGUAUUAGAAGAAGAGGAGGAGGAAGAGGAGGGCAGUGUCUAUGCAGUGGCACUGUAUGAGUUUCGGGCCAUGGAAACAGGCGAGCUGGACUUUGAUACGGGAGAUCGCAUACGUCUUAUAAGCACUUUGGAGGAUGGUUGGCUGGAGGGGGCGCUGCGAGGGCGGCGGGGUAUUUUUCCUCAUCGUUUUGUCAAAAUAGAGGACGACGGGCAGAAAAGUGCAGAGGAGACACAUGCUGUUGAACCAGAAGAAGACAAGGAGGAUAGCUGUACUUCUGACAGCUCAGGCCAUUUAUGUCCCAAUGGGUCAGAGAAUGAACCUGACUGGAGGACGUAUGAGGAUCACACAGUGUGGGACCUGGACUACUUUGAGAGGACCGAGGAGCAGAAGUGGCAAAGGGAAAACAAAAGCACUGAAGCUCAAACUAACAACAGAGGACAGAGAGCUGGGGGCAGCAGGCCGGACUCUCAGCCACAUAGACCUGUCGCUCCAGCACAAAGGGGGCCGGAGAGACCCAAAUCCACUCCUCCAGCAAGGCCCAGGCUCCCAUCGCGACCUAGCCUGCCUGCACGUAGCCACAAGCACCACGGCUCAUCUUCUGGUGCAAACCGCUCUAAUUACACUAAUGGGAACACUCAGCGCAAACUAACUCACAGCCUAACCCUCCCGAGCACUCACUCUGGUUGGUCUAAAAACAGCAGACACUACCCACCAAAGGACGGUGCCACCACCAAGAGCAGAGGUGGAAGUCUUAGCCAGGCGUUAUUUAACCUCGCUGAGGGCCACAGGCAGAAGAAGCUGACUCGCCAUGGUAGUGUCAGUGAUGCUGAUAUGAUGAUGGGCGGUGCAGAGACGCGGCAACGCUCCCAGCUGACGAUGCGCGGCUCCAACGGCAUGCCCACAUCCUUCACCUUAGAUGCCCUGGCGACCUCAGCCGGCGACCUGGAGGCCAAACUGACCCAGCAGCUUUUUGAAUUUGAGAAAAGCUUGACUUCUUCAUAUAGUGACACUAACAUGAGCUCUGGUGCUCCCGUGGACUUGUCCUCUGAAGGCGACCUGAGCCAGCAGUCCCGCAUCUCGCGCCACUUUUCUAUUAUGGACUUCAGUGAUGAAAGCGACAUCAUGAGAGGCUCCUCGCAUUCACCAUUGUCCCACCUUUUGCAGUCAAACUCUGCCUCAUCUUCACUAGAGAGGCGCAGGACCCUUCGGCCUCCUCCGCCUCGUCCCAUAGCGCAUCGUCCCCCCGCCCUAGCUCCGUACAAGCCAGCCCGCCCCGCUCCGCGUCCCCCUCCUCGUUGCCCGAGACAAAAUACUGCUCCAAAUAUCUUCUUCUCCCCUGAAGAACCAGCCGUGAACCUCCUGGACCAGAUAACAGAAGGGCAGGGUGGGUUCGGAGACCUCGCGGCUGCUCAGGAACAUGAAAUCCAGUGCCAGCUGGAAGCGGAGAGAGAGCUGGAGAGAGAGAUGGAGCUGGAGAGUCAGAGACAGAGGGAAGAGGAGGAAAGGUACCAGCUGCUGCUACGGCUACAAGAGGUGGAGCACGACAUGGAGGCAUACGCACACACAGCGGAGGAACUGAGGACCAUGCUGGAGGAGGAGGAGGAUGAGACGGCCCGCAUGCAAGCCAUGGAGAAUCUGGAGUUCUGCAACUACACGCUGGAGACACUGGCCCUGGAGCAGCAGCAGCUACAAGAGAUGACGCUCCUGUCGUCCCAGCCCAAAACGUUGGACUCCGGCCAGACCUCGGACUCGUCCCCGGCCGCCGGCACAGGCACCGAGGACCCCGAGCUGAGGAUGCUGGAGAAGAGGUCAAAGGUCAUCGAGGAGCUGCUGCAGACAGAGAAGGAUUACAUCAAAGAUCUGCAGAUGUGUGUCGAGGAGAUCAUCGAGCCGCUACAGAAGAAACAGUUGAAGAAUGUGGACUUUGACGGGCUCUUCGGCAACAUCAGCUCUGUGAUCGACCUGUCGCAGCGCCUGUUUGAAACGCUGCAGGACACAGACUCGAUCGGAAAGGUAUUUCUGGGUUUCAAGGCCGAGCUGGAAGAGGUGUACAAAAUCUACUGCCAGAACCACGAUGAUGCCAUCUCUCUGCUCGAGAGCUACGAGAAGGAUGAAAGCAUCCAGCGUCACGUGUUGGAGUGUCUGGAGAGACUGAGGGCUAUAUAUCGCGAGUGGGGGAAAACAAAUUACAUCAACCUCGGCUCUUUCUUAAUCAAGCCAGUGCAGCGGGUGAUGCGCUACCCGCUGCUGCUGAUGGAGCUGCUGGGGGCCACACCGGAGAGCCACCACGACCGGCCCCAGCUGACUCAGGCUCUGCUGGCCGUCAAAGAGAUCAACGUGAACAUCAACGAGUACAAACGCAGGAAGGACCUUGUGGUGAAGUACAGGAAAGGGGACGAAGACACGUUCAUUGAUAAGAUCUCCAAGCUGAGCAUGCACUCCAUUAUCAAAAAAUCCAACCGAGUCAGCAGCCACCUUAAACACCUCACAGGAAUCUCACCUCAGAUUAAAGAUGAAGCGUUUGAUGAGGCAGAGAAGAAGUUCAGGCUGCAGGAGAGACUCAUCAAGUCUUUUAUCAGAGACAUUUCCUUGUACCUGCAACAUAUAAGAGAAUCUGCAUCUGUGAAGGUCUUGGCAGCCAUCAGUUUCUGUGACAUCUACACGGAGCGAAGCAUCCUCGAUCCCGAGCGCUUCCAGAGAGCUCACCGCAGCAUCAGCGACAAACAGUUCACACAUUUUAAGGAGCGCACCGAGGUCUUAGUCAUCAACCCGCUCACCCAGCUCCUCCUCAUGUUCGCCGGGCCGCACAAACUCAUCCAGAAGCGCUUCGACAAGCUGCUCGACUACGACAACUGCAAGGAGCGUGCCGACCGCCUCAAGGACCGCCGUGUCCAGGAUGAGCUGCAGGCAGCACGCAACAACUAUGAGGCUCUCAACGCCCAACUUCUGGAUGAGCUGCCCAAGUUCCACUUUGCAGCAGAGGAGCUGUUUACUGGCUGCGUGAGGGCUUUCGCUCAGGCUCAGAAGGACUUCAUGAAGACGACGAUGGGAGAGCUGAAGCCGCUCCUGCAGGCUUUUUCACACAAAGCUGGCACAGAGGGCAACCUGAUCGCUAAGUUCCAAGAAGAGUAUGGUCGAGUUCUCCAACUUCUGCAGAGCUUCAGCUUUUGCCCGGAGAACCUUCCUCCAGCCACCACCACAAAAAAGACCUUCGAUAAGAAGACUCUGGAGAAACAGACCUCUAAAAAGCAACUGCAGGCACCUCCGAACCACAUCAUGCAGACGGAUGAGCACCGUGCAGGACUUCUGGUACGCUAUGGUCCUGAGAAACUCUUCCAGGCUGAGAGAAACUUUAAUGCAGCCCAGGACCUGGACGUCUGCAUACUAGAGGGAGACCUUGUGGGUGUGAUCAAGCAGCAGGACCCCAUGGGGAGCAACAACCGCUGGCUAAUUGAUAAUGGAGUCAGCAAAGGUUUUGUGUACAGCUCCUUCCUCAAACCCUACAACCCACGCAGGAGCCAGUCGGACGUGUCCAUCGAGAGCCAGUCGUCUAAUGAGUCAGGCUACGGCGGCUCCUCCCCUGUUUUCUCCCGGCAAAACAGCAACAGCACACUGACCUUUAACCAGGAAACAGCCACCGUCAGCUUCUCCGCCUCACAGCCCCAAAGCAGUUCAUCACCACACCCUUCGCUGGACUCUGCCUCGUCUCGGAGGAGUCACAACAGAGAUGCGCCCAACCUUGACUCGGUCAGUCAGAGCAACUCCAUAAACUCCUCUCCAAGGAAUCCCUCGAACCGCAGGGACUUCUCAGACCAAACGCACCGGAAUUCCUCCAGUCACAAAGAUACAGAGCCUUCAUACCGGCACUCGGGCAAUCACAGAGAUGCUUAUGAUACGAGUUAUUCAAGUCAGAGCCACAGGGAGCUCUCGGACCUAUCAGAGACAGACUCUUAUUCUUCGCUCAGAAACAAUCGCUCACAGCGGUAUGGACACACAGACAAAAGCUACAGCUCAUACCAGUGGAGAAAUGGAGAUAAUGGUAGCCAGAAGAGGAAUGUUUACUCCAGAGAUGAGUACAUCGAGCCGGAGCCAGAGCCUGAACCAGAACCAGAACCAGAACCAGAACCUGAGCCGGAGCCGGAACCAGAAGUAGAAGAUGAGAGUGAAUUAGACGGUCAUCAGAUUUACUAUGCUCUCUACUCCUUCGAUGCCCGUUGUGCCAAUGAACUGAGCAUCUCGGCCAAUCAGCGGCUGCGGAUCCUGGAGUUCCAGGACAUGAACGGAAACAGCGAGUGGUGGCUUGGGGAGGCUGGAGGCCGGCGAGGCUACGUGCCUUCCAACUACAUCCGCAAAUCAGAAUAUACAUGAACAAAGUUUUCCUCCUGAGACUGUGCUCAGACCUGAAGAAAUCUCACUCUGCGAGCAGACAGAACAAAAAGACAAAAACAAGCAUCUGGACACUUCUGGUGACUUAUUUUUGAUCUGACGUCAUUGAAUUUGAUAGUGAGAAGGACUGACUAUUGCUGCUGACUCUGCUCCUUAAAGUUAGCAUUAUAUGCCUAUAUUUAUAGACUUUUUAUAUUAUUUUUACUUACUGGAAGCUGCACCCUACUCCCUCUGGUCUCCAGUGAAAAACCUGUGAAUUGCACCAGAUUUUUUGCCAUAUUCUCUGGGCUGAAGACAAUGAAUUGUAUGUUGGAGAGAAGUCUUAAAGGUUAGCAUAUUGGGAGAUUGCAAUGGAAAUGUGAAUGUUUUGGGUUCUAAACAAACAUCAAGUGGUAUAUAGACGGACUGACCUAAACACUGUGUUAAUGACUCUUUUCUGCAUGUGGUUUAUCACGCCACUAGAAUAAUGAAUGGAUAUUAGAUGCAUCUGCACCAUACUGUUCAACAAUCAAGGUUUGAGGCACUUAUGAUUAUUAUUCACUGAUUGCAAGUUUUGAAGUGUCUGCGGAGCAAUCAAUGAGAAUGUGGAGUGUUGUAUGAAAUCAAUAUGGACAAGUUGAAUUCAAAUCAAGGACAAAGUUGAAUGGCAUAUGAUAUAUGGUUUACAAGCACUCCCUGUCAGUAACCUGGAUACACUUUUGAACUGUGCAAACAGGUGAUGACCCAUUUUUACCUGUAAGAGGUUAACCAACACGGAGAGAUACUCCCCAUGUGCAUUAUAUAUAGGGCUGUAUAUUGAGAAUAUGAUAUUGCACCCACUGUAAAGUGAUCACUGUUUGAAUAAAAAAACAGCUCAGCUGACAAAUCA